AUGCCGGUUGCAGUGGCCAACUUGUUUUCCUAUCAAAAAAUGCAAAUAAAAUCUGAUCAGCAUGUGUCGAUGAUGUUUUCUUACCAUCACAGCAUAGGAAGCAUCUAUUCGUUGGAGCUUUAUCUGAAUCUUCAAGAUAUUGGUGGAAGCUCAUCCAGUUCGAAUAAUGUGGAGGGUGUGAGAAAUGUUGGGGCGGCUGAUUUUGUUCCGGCUCGGGAUACUAGUAGGGCCCCAAGUCCAAGUUUCAACGCGUUCGUCCCGCGGGAACAGAGUGUAGGUAUUCGUGGAGCACGCCCCGCCCCUUCUACACAUUUUGGGGUCGAUAUGGUUCUUGAUGCUGCUAUUGCAGAUACGUCUGAUGAGGAUGACAUUGAAGAUUUCAGUUAUGGUGAGGCAGAAGCCGUUCCGGAGACGCAGCCUCUGCAUGAAAAUGUUGUUCCGGCAACACGGGUCAAACCGGAAGGUGGUGGUGUAGCAUCAUCCACAUCAGCACACUACCUGUCCCUAAAUCUUGGAGCAAUGCAUUCCAGUAAUGCAGAGGACGAAUCGAGCAGCUACCCUUUGUCAGGAGAGAUGGAGCUCGAGAUUGGGUUGAAAUUUCCUAAUCGGGAAAUAGCGAUGCUAGCAGUCAAAAACUACAACAUUCGCAGGAGUGCAGAAUAUAAGGUGGUAGAGUCAGACCAAACUAGGUAUGUAUGUCGAUGCAAGCAGUUCGGGGAUCAAUGUCCCUGGAUGGUACGGGUUGCGAAGACGAGGUCCUCUAGAUUCUGGGAAAUCCGAAAGUAUGAAGGACCUCACAGUUGCUUGGCAAGUUCAAUGUCUCAAGACCACGCUCAACUGGACAGCAACGUCAUUUGUCAGCACAUAUUUCCCAUGGUGCAUGCUGAUGCGACAAUAUGUGUAAAGGUAUUGCAAGGAUCGGUAGAGUCAGCGUACGGUUACAAGGUGUCAUACAAGAAGGUUUGGCACGCGAAGCAAAAGGCAAUCGCAAGGAUCUAUGGUGAUUGGGACGAGUCGUAUGACCAGCUGCGUAGAUACCUCAAUGCUCUGCAAGCUUUCGUCCCAGGUAUUACAUGCGUUUUAUUAUCGAAUGGUCUUUGA